CGCCCCGCCCCUCCGCACUGGGCCGCUCUAGCCCCGCACGGGGCGGUUGAAAUUGUUCCGCUGCGGACAUCCAGCCGGGUCUUGCCACAAUGCUGCUGCGGCUAUACAGAUCCGUGGUUGUGGGGCUUCCAUGGGCCAUCAGAGUCAAGUCAACCCCCUUGAGGAUCUGCGUUCGAGCAUGCUCCACAAAUGAUUCACUUAAGCCCCAGCAUCCCAGCCUUACCUUUUCCGAUGAUAACUCAAGGACUCGGGGAUGGAAAGUCAUGGGGACCCUGCUAGGCCUUGGUGCGGUGCUGGCCUAUCAUGAGCAUCGGUGUAGGGCUUCUCAGGAGUCACCACGGAUGUACUCUAAAGAGGAUGUACGUUCUCACAACAGCCCUAAAACUGGAGUCUGGGUAACUCUAGGCUCUGAGGUCUUCGAUGUCACACAAUUUGUGGACCUGCAUCCAGGAGGACCAUCGAAACUGAUGCUAGCAGCUGGAGGUCCCCUAGAACCCUUCUGGGCCCUCUAUGCUGUGCACAACCAGCCUCAUGUACGUGAGUUACUGGCUGAGUAUAAGAUUGGGGAACUGAACCCCGAAGAUAGCAUGUCCCCCUCCUUGGAAGCCUCUGACCCUUACGCUGAUGAUCCUAUUCGUCAUCCAGCCCUGAGGAUUAAUAGCCAGCGCCCCUUUAAUGCAGAGCCUCCUCCUGAACUGCUAACAGAAAGCUACAUCACACCAAACCCUAUUUUCUUCACCCGUAACCAUCUGCCUGUACCUAACCUGGACCCACACACCUAUCGCUUGCAUGUAGUAGGGGCACCUGGAGGUCAGUCGCUGUCUCUGUCCUUGGAUGAUUUGCGUAAGUUUCCCAAACACGAGGUCACUGUCACUCUGCAGUGUGCCGGUAACCGGCGCGCUGAAAUGAGUAAGGUCAAGGAAGUGAAAGGUCUGGAGUGGAGAACGGGGGCCAUCAGCACUGCAUGCUGGGCUGGGGCCCGGCUCUGUGAUGUGUUAGCCCAGGCUGGUCACCGACUCUGUGAAACUGAGGCCCAUGUCUGUUUUGAAGGACUGGAUUCAGACCCCACUGGAACUGCCUACGGAGCCUCUAUCCCUCUAGCUCGGGCCAUGGAUCCUGAAGCUGAGGUCCUCCUGGCUUAUGAAAUGAAUGGUCAGCCUCUACCUCGUGACCAUGGCUUCCCUGUACGGGUGGUGGUUCCUGGUGUAGUAGGUGCCCGCCAUGUCAAAUGGCUGGGCAGAGUGAGUGUGGAGUCAGAGGAAAGUUAUAGUCACUGGCAGAGGCGGGAUUACAAAGGCUUUUCUCCAUCUGUGGACUGGGACACGGUAAACUUUGACCUAGCUCCAUCAAUUCAGGAACUACCUAUCCAAUCAGCCAUCACACAACCUCAAGAUGGGGCCACUGUAGAGUCAGGAGAGGUGACUAUCAAGGGCUAUGCAUGGAGUGGCGGUGGCAGGGCUGUGGUUCGAGUGGAUGUGUCUGUGGAUGGGGGACUAACCUGGCAGGAAGCUGAGCUAGAGGGAGAGGAACAGCAUCCCAGGAAAGCCUGGGCUUGGCGAAUAUGGCAGUUGAAAGCUCACGUGCCAGCUGAGCAAAAGGAAUUGAACAUCAUUUGCAAAGCUGUAGAUGACAGUUACAAUGUGCAGCCAGACACUGUAGCCCCAAUCUGGAACCUUCGGGGCGUACUCAGCAAUGCCUGGCACCGUGUCCAUGUUCAGGUGGUCCCAUGAAAGCAUGGAAUGGCACCAUUUGUACCCAGAGAACCACCUAGACCUCUCUACCAACCCAGCCUUAAUCCUCAUUGCCGUAGAUAAACAUUUCCUUCUGCUUGAUUUGUAACCUUGUACAUACUGUGUCUUAAGUUGUACCUCGGCACAUACAUCUCUUCUGGCCCCUGACCCUGGGCUUGGAGAGAGGCUGGGGGUGAGAGAGCAGCUCGGAAGACACUGCUUUCUUACCCUACAGUCACCUCUACUUCUGAUGCCUCCCAUCCAAGCCUUAUUUUGCAUUGCUUAGAUUUUUCAUAUGUGUGUGUGGUAUGUGAAAUUUGUAAAAACUGUACAUUUUUCUUUCUUUCUUUCUUUUUUUG